CUAAAACUAAGAAAGAAAUGACUACAACGCCUGGUAUUCCUACAACUGAGAAAGAAAUGACUACAACGCCUGGUACUCCUACACCUAAGAAAGAAAUUACUACAACGCCUGGUAUUCCUACAACUGAGAAAGAAAUGACUGCAACGCCUGGUAUUCCUACAACUGAGAAAGAAAUUACUGCAACGCCUGGUAUUCCUACAACUAAGAAAGAAAUUACUACAACGCCUGGUAUUCCUACAACUAAGAAAGAAAUUACUACAACGCCUGGUAUUCCUACAACUGAGAAAGAAAUUACUGCAACGCCUGGUAUUCCUACAACUGAGAAAGAAAUUACAACAACGCCUGGUAUUCCUACAACUGAGAAAGAAAUGACAACAACGCCUGGUAUUCCUACAACUAAGAAAGAAAUGACUACAACGCCUGGUAUUCCUACAACUGAGAAAGAAAUGACUGCAAUGCCUGGUAUUCCUACAACUGUACAAGAAAUGACGACAACGCCUGGUAUUCCUACAACUAAGAAAGAAAUGACUACAACGCCUGGUAUUCCUACAACUAAGAAAGAAAUGACUACAACGCCUGGUAUUCCUACAACUGAGAGAGAAAUGACGACAACGCCUGGUAUUCCUACAACUGGUAAGUGCAACGCACAUUUUAAAUGAAAUAUCUUCAUAUUUUAGUAUUUCGAAAUUCGAAUUAUAUAUAUAUAUAAUUUCGUUUGAAUUCAUGAUUUGUAAUGAUUCGUUCGGUAAUUUGCACUAUAUUAGAGAGUACAAAAACUCUGAAAUCUGAAUGGCAGGCGUAGAGCCGUCGUUAUGUAACAACAAUCCUUUAUUACUCAAAGAAAGAAACAUUAUUUACACAUACACCAAAUUACGGUACCGGAAGAUUUUCUACCUCCCCCGAUCCCCUCUAGCGAACAAUUUUGGGAAAAGAAAUAUUAAUUAGCGACUGAACUGUUGUCGGCAAAUGCGAUACUACCCUCUUAAUUUCAGUCUCUUCGCUACGGUCCUGGGCAGACGGUAUCCACGAAGGAUUACUCAAAAGGCAGGUCGUCUGCCAUGUAGGGAAUGCUGGGAUAAGUAAAAAUCUAUCUUCAUAAUGAUCCAUUUCAUUUCUUGAAAUUUAUUUAGUUCUGCCACAACGUAAUGAAUGCUCCAGCUAUUCAUGGCUGAAUGAAAGCAGCAGAAACCAGAAAUAUUCAAUCAGAGAAUACAAUUGUGACGACGUUCUUUCUCCAGGAUGGUACAGAUUUGGAGGAGGAGCUGGGAUUAAAAUUGCAUCAUCGUGUGUACCUGAGCACAGAUGUGGAACUUAUGGCACAGGUUGGAUGAAUGGUACUCACCCUACAGUUGCUGAUGGCAACGUGACCAGGACAGUGUGUUACACCUGGAGCAAUGAUUGUUGUUAUUCGUCAAAUAACGUCGAGGUUGUGAAUUGUGGACAGUAUUAUGUUUACAAACUAAGCCUUCCUCGUCCUGGUUGUUAUUACAGAUAUUGUGGAUCAGAUAAUUGAUUCAGAUUGUUCCACGUACACAUUAUGAUGCAUUUACACUACCCACUAGCGGACUAACACUAGACUUCAAAGAUUGAACUUUGUUCAAUUGACUCAACGUAAAUGAUCUAGCAAACGUCCACACUCUAACCGAUUAACAGACGCCCCAGUCAACUCAGAAUCAUACAGCAGCCGCCCUUCUCAAUGAAGUCCGUUUUAUUCUAAUAAACGCCCCUACCCGUAGGGAGCGAUUAGCAGACAUUUAAUUAAAAACAUUUCUUUAUAGUAAAUGUGUAACAGCUAUGAAAGUUGACGAGUUUUACUUUUUUCACUCUGCAAAACGCCUAGGAAAUAUUGUCAGAAUUAAUCGUGAAACUAAUGUAUGCAAGAACAAACACCCCCGUUCAAAAGACC